UACAAACCAGCGUGUACAUCAAUUUAGCAGUAAUGAGAACAGCCCCGUAAUGCGCUUCAGAGAGAUCAUUAUCACUCCCACGUGGGAAGCAAUCGGCCCCUUCCCAAGUGGAACGAGAGAGCUCCCCUUCCUAGGCUCACCAUUAGCGGCGUACUCUACCUCAUCAGCUGAUCCGGAUAUAGAGUUUGCUCACAGGCCAUAUAGCCCAGAGGAGACUUGGCCCAGUGAACUUGGGAACGGCGGACGAGUGUCAUGGUCCAGAUUUGAAGCCAAGGGAGAUUGGCUAGAAAUCAGUUAUCCGAAUGUCAACUGGGAUCAGCUGCGAUCCGAUCACGGAUGGUCAGCUCUUCAGUACAUGGUGCUGCUCCGGACUCGAUUGACCAUUCCCAAAUCCGGUCACAAACGUCUCACACCUGUCCUUAUCAACAUGCUCCAACUUUCCGAGUUUGCUCUUGUUCGACAAGGUGCGGACCCUCAUACUUCUGGUCCUGUUAGGUGGUAUCAGGGCAAUAGCUAUGGUUUCGGCGGCCCGGCACCUGGCCUAGACAGCACUAUCAAACCUGCAGCCGUCAGAUUCGAGCGCUCGCUUCUCCUCGAGCCAGGGGUGUACAUUAUGCUUGCGAGAGCAGUGUAUGACAUACGCCAGUUUGGUGAUCCUGGGCCCGGUAAUCCGCCAAUCAUCAAGAUGUCAUCAGUCAAUAUGGUGCAUGACACAGAAAAACAUGUCACCCAGCUUCCAGAGGAAAUGGGAACUUUUCCCAGCGUGUUAUCGGGAUGGCUGAUGGGAGAAUGGGCAUCUGUUGGGGUACGAGUACCUGAAGGUGCUUUGGAGACAACCGUCAUAGAUGUUAACAGCGCAAAAGUCAUUUACAAGUCGAGGGAUGCCGAACCUCUCGAGCGCGUGCUCGCCGUCGAAAUCGUCUCAAACAUCAGUAUAGUCCCUGGGCAGACACGACUUAUCCCGAUGCGGAUCAGACAACAGACCCCCCUAUCUCUAGAAGCUCGAACUCUAAGCAUCUCUAUAGACUUUCAAAGUGGAGGACAAACCCGGGUUCUUCAGUGGUCAUUUCCACUUCAUCAUGUCACUUAUGACAGUCAUAAUCUGACCACGAACAAUCCGCACUUUUGGAUAACUUGCGCCUCUCCUUCGCUUAUUACCGACAGUCAUCUCAACCACCUUCCUGCUCAUGUAUCCUCUGCCAUGAUCGUUCCUCCCAAGCAUUCUGUUCGACACGAUGAAGAGAAACCUGUCAUAUUAGCUCUUCAUGGGGCCGGAGUAGAUGUCAAAAAUUCCGAAUGGGGUGAGAGGAUGCCAGAAGUACCAGGUGUAUGGGCGGUACUACCUAUAGGUAAGAAUGAAUGGGGUGAGGAUUGGCACGGAGGAAGCAUGGAGGAUGCUUGGGCGGCUAGGGCGGCUGUGGAGGUUCUACUCAGGAAAGCCGGUAUAGCAUUGUCAGAUAAAACUGUGAUCAUCGGCCAUUCGAAUGGAGGACAAGGCGCAUGGCAUCUUGCAGCUAGAUAUCCCGAUCGAGUUGUUGGAGUUGUGGCAGCCUCUGGGUGGCUCACUAUUCAACACUACGUUCCGUACACAGAUUACACUUCGAAUCGCUAUGCUGACCCGGCGCUGAUGGGUAUUUUGCACUCUUCUCUUGCUCCUUAUCACAAUGACCUCCAUUCUUCCAACCUUUCUGAUAUCCCCAUCCUUGCGAUACAUGGGGCAGAUGACGAUAACGUACCUCCACGGCACUCUCGUGCUCAUGCCGCAUUAGUAUCUUCGUGGGCAGGUGAAAAGGACAGUUUUAUUAAGGUGUUGGAGAUUCCAAAAAGAGGACACUGGUGGGACGAUGUUCUCAGCUCAUCAGACGUUGUCGACUUCAUUCAAAAGCUUCCACCUCGUCAAAGCUGGGACGAGCAACGUAAAAAGGGUUACACCCUUACCACGGCUAACCCACAAGAAUGCGGUGGAAGAGCUGGUAUACGCAUUGUGGAGCUGGAUACCCCUGGAAGACUAGCACGUCUGGAUGUGAACGCCAGGCAAUGGAAGUCGAAUCAAACCGCGGAAACGCUUGAUAUUCGAGGUAUGAACGUUCGACGGAUCGAAAUAAAAUCUUUGCAAUCAUCUCAACAUUUUCAAACAUACGUCAGAUGUCGUCCGUAUGGCUUUUCUCCUGUCAACAACUCCAUAUUAGGUCCCUUGGCCCCUGCGAGAGCCUAUGGUCCCAUGAUCCGGAUUCUCUCUUCCCCCGCCUCAUUCCAUCUAAUCAUCCCAUCGUCUGGCGAAGCCCAGCCGCACCACCUAUCCAUUGCCAAGCGGAUUGCUCACGAUCUCUAUGUCUACCACAAAGCAGAUUGCGAUAUUAUUGCCGACCAAGAAGGAUUGGAACGUGUGGCGAAAGGAAAGAUAGGGCCAGGUAGCAUCAUUGUUAUUGGCAGACCGGAGAACAAUCGGUAUACAGAGUGGAUGGCCGCAGAAGGAAAGAUCCCAAUCCAGUUUCCGACCAAAGGCGUUAUGGCUAUCAGCAAAGACAAAGUAGUGUCUGAUAGAGGCGCAGGUUUCAUCGCGCUUCACCCUCAUCCUACCCAUUCCGGAUCACUGUCCUUGCUCAUAGCAGGAAAUGAUGAAUUAGGAUUGGAACUUGCAACUCGGCUAUUUCCUACUCGCACUGGAGUUCCUUUACCUGACUGGGCCAUGAUUUGUCCCAGGUCCAGAUGGCAGGGUGCCAACGGAUUGAUAGGGGCAGGGUUCUGGGGCGGUGAAUGGGAAUAUAAUGAGGCCAUGUCCUGGAUGGACAGAUAGAAUAGAGUAGAGAUCCAAGUCCUCCAACACAGGAAUCGUAUGAAGCUCUUCUUGUUCAUUUCCAAUGAUGAAAAUAAUGCAUAUGAUGA